AUGUUUUUUGCAAUGGCGAAACUGGGGGACUUGAAGAGAAAGAAGUGGCAGUCGAAGUCCCAAAAUACCAAGAAACAGGUUUUAAUCAGUUGUUUAGCUAUAUCAGGCAGGGCUUGUAGUUUUCGCGGGACACAAGAAAACAUAAACAGAAAAAGCCCUAGAUGUAGCAAAGCCUCGCGUGCUAUUAUUGUUCAGUCAACUUCAGGUGAUCUUGGAGAAGAGAUAUGUAAGAAACAAGAAAGGAGCAGAGAAAACCCUAGCUGUAGCGUAACCACCACGCUUGCUGUUGAGAUACCUGAUGAUCUAGUAGAAGAGAUUCUUCACCACCUUCCAGUAUAUUAUUUACUUAGACUGAAACUAGUGUCUAAAAAAUGGAAAUCAUUGAUUGAAUCGAGGUAUCUAGCAGAGAAACAUACCCUUCUCCAUCAGAAAAAGUACGGAGCCAAGAAAAUCAUAGUUGAGCGGUCAGAAUCUGGAACCUUUCAUGUCAGGUAUUCAGCAAAUCACAGUAGAGAAUCAAAAGAUCUUCUUCGCCUUCCUGGAUCUUGUAGCGGUUUAGUGUGCGUCUACGAUUUGGUCUACGUAUAUCUAUUCAACCCUAUGACAGGUGUGUUCCGGACACUUCCUUCUCCUCGAGGUACCAAAGCUGCACUUACCUGUACCCAACUUUCAGUGGGAUUCGGGAGAGAUGUCGUGACAGGAAGCUACAAAGUGGUGGUUUUGUUUGGGUCCGGUUAUGAUAAUAGAGUGAACUCAAAAGUUUUCGAUCUGAGCACCAGCAAGUGGAGAGGGAGAUACAAAUCCGCCGGUCCAGUAGUGUCUCUUUCUUUCACUCUAAUUAGCCUUGAAACAAACCCAGUCUUCGUAAGCGGUUCACUUUUCUGGUUGUUGUCACGUCACCAUACGGAGAUACUAGUCAUGGAUCUGCACUCUGAAAAGUUUCGUACCGUGUCGCUACCCAACGACAUUGCUGUGGCCUUGGGUCUCAUUUACAUGUGGAAACUCAAGGACCGUCUCUGUGUCUCUGCUUUAACACAAUGUUUUGAUUCCGACCUGUGGGUUCUUGUGCAGGAUGAGGUUACUGAGAGGUGGGAGAGAACUCGACUUCUUCCUGAUUCUGACACUCCUCCGUUAACGUUGUAUUCUGCUUGCUUUUCACAGUCCUUGGUUUCUCCUUACCAGUGA